AUGGCGGACAUUCUAACCCAACUCCAAACAUGCCUUGACCAGCUCGCAACCCAAUUCUAUGCCACAAUCGGCUACCUAACAACAUACCACGACAACUCCCCUGCGACAGUCCCGGACCAUCCAACCGCAGCGCCCGCACUCGCAAAGAUCCAAAAGAACUCCACAAACCCACCUAUCCCCGCCAGCGCAGCCGCGAUCCUCGCAAACUCGCAAGCAUCACCAUCCGGCGCAGGCGCAACAACAGCUACAACGCCGGGGCCUACGAUAGCAACUGUUCCAGGAACGGGAACGGGGGAGGACCCGACGCUCCCGCCGCGCCCGGACUCGCCGAGGACGUUUGCGGCGAGGCAGCGCGAGCUUGCGCGUGAUUUAGUUAUCAAGGAGCAGCAGAUUGAGUAUCUUGUCUCGGUGCUGCCUGGGACGGGGUCUUCGGAGGCGGAGCAGGAGGGGAGGAUUCGAGCUCUUGAGAAGGAGUUGAGGGGGGCGGAGGAGCAGAGGGCUAAGCGGGUUAGGGAGCUGAGGGCUUUGAGAAGGAGGGUUGAAGGGGUGUUAGGGGCUGUGGAAGGAGGAAUUUAUGGAGGAAGUGCCUGA